AUAGCGCGUGCACGAGGGGCGGUGCGUGCCCGCGCCUCAUCUCUGAAGCAAGAGGGUUAAUAGUUUAAGCGCCGACAAGUCGAUUAUAUUUAACCAAAUUUAACACCCUUUCGGCGGUUUAACCGUUAAGUCCGGGCUUCGCGGCGUGUUCAGGGCGCUGAAGACUUACAGAACUGUUUAUUCUGGUACAAAGGAAAGCCAAAUAGAGGAACAUGAAUCCCUUGUGUAGCAGAUGUAACAAGGUUGUGUAUCCGACGGAAAAAGUAAACUGCCUAGAUAAGUAUUGGCACAAAGGAUGUUUCAGCUGCGAGGUCUGCAAGAUGACUCUAAACAUGAAGAACUACAAAGGCUUCGACAAGAAACCAUAUUGCAGCCAGCACUACCCGAAGCAGGGCUUUACCAGUGUGGCUGAUACUCCAGAGAAUCUCCGGCUCAAGCAGCAGAGCAAGAUACAAAGCCAGGUGCUCUAUAAAGAGGAAUUUGAGAAGAAUAAAGGGAAAGGCUUCAGUGUGGUGGCUGACACACCAGAGCUGCAGAGAAUCAAGAAAACACAGGACCAGAUCAGCAAUAUCAAGUAUCAUGAGGAGUUUGAAAAGGGCCGGAUGGGAGGUGAGGCUCUGCCCCCUGAGAGCAACGCUAAUAGAGGCUACAAGCCAACCAGCCCAACCAGCCCUCAGAACUACAACUAUGAGCCCCAGCCUGCUCGCUCUGCUGCAGCUCCACCACCUCCUAGUGGAGGGAAGCGCUACAGAGCAAUCUACGACUACGCUGCGGCUGACGAGGAUGAGGUUUCAUUUGCCGAUGGUGACGUGAUUGUGGACGUGCAGCAGAUAGACGAGGGAUGGAUGUUCGGCCGUGUGGAGCGCACGGGCCAGCAGGGCAUGCUCCCUGCUAACUACGUGGAGGCUAUAUGAGUGAGCGUGGCUGAGAGGAGAAGGAUGCAAGGAGGAAGGGAUGUACAUUGGAACGACCCUGGUGCCAUCUCCAUUUUACCUUUUCUCCUUCCCAUUUAAUUUCACUAUUGGUUUAACAUGGUCUUAAUUAAAUGCGAGAGAAACUUGAUCAGGCAUCUAAGCUUUAGCUUUUUUAGACACAAUGCUAAUACGCUUAGAAGGAAAAAAAACUGCUCCUGUCAGCUGAAUGAGCAUUAUUUUUUAUCUUUUAAAAUUUUAUUUACUUCUACUUUUCCCAUGUGGACAGUGUUUGUUUGGUUUUUAGCAUUGCUUUGCCCUUGCGCUGAAAAUUAUGGCUCAGAUUGUAUUCUACCUUCAGCUUCAAAGACACUGGCGAAAUGUUCAGAUGAGUUGUCAAGUGGUCUGUAAGGAUUAAUUGUAUUCUAGAAAUCAAAGUUAGGUGCUGCAGUGGCUGCUGGGAAAUACGGUUUCAGUCAGCUGAAUGGUCAGCUGAGUGACCAGCACUCAUUGCUCAAUCAUUGUCUUAAUUACAAGCUUGUUAUGUCAAGCACUGCAGUUGGGUGGGUGAAGCCUUUUGGAGUUCUUUUUAUGCACUUUGGGGGGAAAAAUACCAAAAAUAUAACGGUUUUAUAUAAAACAAUUAGAUAUGGUACAGUAAUUUCUUAAAUAUGUCAUCAUGAAAGAAGAAAAUUCCAGGUUUUAUCAGUAUAUAUAUUGGCAUAAAUGUGACAUAUCAUUCCAUGGUUAUUUUGUAAGAAAGCAUUCCAAUUCAUGAAUAUAUUCAAUAAUAAACUUAUGUUUAAACCAGUUAAA